AAAAAAAGCCAAAACAAAAGUCGUUUCUUCCAAUCUGACUAGUACCAGGAUAAGCACAGAACUCCUCUCAAUUUUCCCUGAAACCUGAAAUUUCUACGUUUACACGUCACAACCAUCACAAAAACCGGACAUUGUGGAUAAGGACCUUCAAUGGCUAUAUGAACAUUCUUUCCCUUUGCCCUUUGCACAUCUCCUUGUAUCAACACUCUCCCUUACCUUUUUUUCUAUUCUAUUAUUGAAAGCUUUCACCUUUACCAAUUUCUCAAGAGCCAAAACCGUCCAUUUCUUGCCCACUGUUUUGUUUUUCUUGGUUUUUUUGUUUCUCAUUAAAUCAUUUAUAAGGACGAUUUUCUGGGUAUUUCUUGGAUUGUGUUGUUACCUUCUAAGAUUGAUCGGAAAAUAUGGCUUGUGCUGCUGUUGGAAUGAUUGGAGGAAAUGGUUGUACUGGUUCUUCAUCUUCCUGGUUUCAGAUCAAGAAGAGGAGGAAGAAUAAUAACAAUAUGAGGAGAGAUAGAGUCAGGUUUCUCUGUGUUUCUUCUUCAUCUUCUGUGAUGGAUCCUUACAAGACCCUUAGGAUCCAGCCUGGUGCCUCUGAAUCUGAGGUCAAGAAAGCCUUUAGGCAGCUUGCUUUGCAGUAUCAUCCUGAUGUAUGCAGAGAAAGCAAUUGUAAUGUGCAGUUCACUAGGAUUAAUGAAGCUUAUGAUAUUGUGUUGAGCAGUUUGAGAGGAGAAGCAGAUGAAUCACAAAUGUACUCAUCACAUGAGCCAACUGAUCAAGGAAUAGAUGAGCCAAUGAGAGGAAUGGACGAUCCAGAUUGGGACAUGUGGGAAGAGUGGAUGGGAUGGGAAGGGGCUGGAAUUAGGGACUACACAUCCCAUAUUAAUCCUUACAUUUAGGACAGAAAAUUGUAAAUAAGAAUAAUCAUGUAAAUUAAUUACAGUAGUUAAUUAAACCCACCACCCCCACAAGCUUGCAUAUGAAUUUGAGCAACCUUAAUUAAAAGAAAAGGUUGUGUUUCUUGUAUAUAAGAUCGAAUUAUUAUUAUUAUUAUUAUUAUUAUUAUUAUUAUUA